UCUUCCAUCAGAGACAAGGGUUAUAGGAAAAGAGUGAGCAAAUGGCUGAUACUGAAAUCUCUCCUUUCUUGAAUAAACUUGGUUACAUGCUGUUGGCAGAGGUUGAUUCUCUUCACGAAGUUGAAAAUGAACUCUGGUCUCUGCAUUGGCUAUUGACACGGCUAACAUCUUUUCCAAUGGAUGUUAGCAAAGACUACUACUUGAUGGAGUACCGAAAAAAAGCUAUGGAAGUCAUAACCAUACUCCAUGAGGCUGAAGAUGUUAUCGAUUCAUAUCUGGACACUACAAAAUGCCGAAAUUAUUCCACCUCAGCCCAUAAAGUGCUUAAAUUUACGAGCCAAAUUAAGGGUAUGAUGGAUAAACUCAAGGGAUUGCAUGUGUGGUUCCAUGAUCACUUCACCAAGUCUUGUAGUACUUGUGGCACCUCCUCAUCAUCAAAGAGAUCAUUAGCGAAUGAAGUUGGCGAUCAUAUGGUAGUAGUCCUUGAAGAUGAGGUACAAAAGAUGAUAGAUCUGCUCAAGGAUGAGGAGGAUCCUCAACGUGAAGUCAUUCCCGUCGUUGGGCCUGGAGGGAUUGGAAAGACAACUCUUGUUCGAAAAGUUUACAAUCACCCAACCAUUGUGGAACACUUUCCUUGUCGUUCAUGGAUUUAUGUAUCUAGUGACUACAAGUUGGAAGAGUUGUUGCAAGACAUUAUAGAUCAGAUAAAGCCUACUUCAACAGCCCCUGCUGGUUCUGGUUCUGGUUCUGCAGCUGCUGCACGGAACAUUGUCGACGAGGAGAUGAUGAGCCUCAAAGAUUUGGCCAUUCAAACCUACGAGCUUCUGAAGACUACUUCCACCAGGUACCUUGUUGUAUUUGAUGAUGUUUGCAAAACCCAAUUCUGGGAAGACAUUCAUAUGAUCUUCCCCAAUAACAAACUCAAUUCUGGUGGUGGAAGUAGGAUAAUUUUCACUACUCGCCACGAUGAAGUAGCUUUAUAUGCGAGGCCAAGUAGGCCUCCCUUUAAUUUGCGACCUCUUACCAAGGAGGAGAGUUGGAAGCUUUUCUCAAACAGAGUUAGCCUUGUGGAGGAUCAUCAUCAUCAUCACCCAUUGCAAGAAUGGGUUGAUGCAUGUGGUGGAGUACCACAUAUACUAGUGGCAUUAGCAGAAGAAUACAUUAAUAAUCACAGUCCCGAUCAUCAACUGUCAAUGACAGAUAAAAUACCAACACCACCACCUCCGAGGAGAAUUCAGGAAUUGAUUUAUAGUGACUUACCCCAUCACUUGAAAACAUGCCUCUCCUAUUUUGAUAUUUCCGAAGAAGGGUCGUAUUCCUUUUUCGAUUUUAAGGGAUUGAUAGUAGCAGAGGGCCUUGUGAAACCACCACCAUUAUCAGCAUCAGCAUCAGCAUCAGCUAUAGCUACAGUAGUUGAACUUGAAGAUAUUGCAGAAGAAUAUCUGAAUGAACUUAUUCAUAGGAAUCUGAUUGAAGUUAAAAGUAGGAGUUUCGAUGGGCGCAUAAAAGAAAUUUCCUUGUUAGAUCUCUGCAGAUCCGAGGCGGCGGUGGCAGCUACUAAAAUGAAAUUUCAACAGACUGAUCUUGGCAAUGGCUUUUAUGAAUGCAUUUUUUCUUCUGAUGAUGAUCCUCCUCCUCCAACCUUAAUAAAAGAAGAACGGUCAAAGAGGAUGAAAAAAAAAUUCAUCCAAAAAAAGAGAAAAGAACGGUCUUUGUUCAACUGGAAUUUGUACCAGCCCACAAAGACAUGGGACGGCAUAACAGGGCCAUUUUUGCAGAGGAUUUUUAAUAAUUUGGUAUCUCUUAGGGUGUUGGAUCUAAGCAUUGGCUUUUAUAACAUUCCUCGUCAAAUUGAUUUGAUUCAUCUAAGGUACCUAAGGUUGGAAAACAUAUCUGGUGAUAGUUUUAGUCGAAGAAAUUAUGUAACAUCUGCGAUCAGUGGCCUCUGGAACCUACAGUUUCUCAAAAUUAAGGGCUAUUUCACCGAAUUAGAAAUUUCUGAGAUGAAACAAUUAAGGCAUCUUUCAUCUGAUGUGUAUGUGGAAUUAUCUCUAGAAAUAGAAGAGAGGAGUGAUAGCAAUGUAGUAUUCAAGAACCUCCAAACCCUAAAAGGUUGUCCAAUUGAUUAUAUUCUUGGAGAGGAUAUCUUGUCUAAGAUGACAAAUUUAGUUACAUUGCAUUUACUUGGCGUAGUAAGAUGUGAAAAACUACUAGUCCGUGGUUUUCCCUUAUUGAAGCGCCUUCAAGAACUAAAGUUGACAGGUCAAGCUUUUAGAAGCAGCGACACCAGUCCAUACAAGUUGGAAUUAUUUCCUCCAAACAUCACCCACCUUACCCUCCAACGCACAUUCGUCCAGAGGCGAUAUGUGAUGCAGGCACUGCGGAAGCUGAAGAAUCUUCGUGUCCUCAAGUUGAAAUUUGGAUCUAUCAGUGAAAAAGAAGAUUUAGAUUUGGGAAGGGAUGGAGAUGGAGCUGGGGAAGGAGAUGGGGAUGGGGAUGGUGAUGGGUUUCUUCAGCUCAAAUUCUUGAAACUUAAAGAUUUGUUUCAGUCUGGACAGCUAAGGAAGUGGCAUAUGUCUAAGGGUGUAAUGCCAAGUCUUGAGAAGGUAGCUAUCAUAAAUUGUAAGAAUCUAGAGGGUCUCCCAUCAGCAGCUCUAGAGGUCAUCCCUACUUUGCAAGAGUUGGAGGUAGAUGCAUCCAAUGACCAGGUAUUAACAGAUGCAAGACUUAUUGAGGAACGCAUGGGAAAGGAUCGGCUUAAGCUCUCAUUGAUCCAAUAAUAUCACCAAGCUCACACUGGCCGUUUGAUCCAAUUCGUUAUUGAGCAAUUAUAAUGGGAGGAGGCUAUUCAUCCAAAAAAAAGGGAGGAGGCUAAAUACAUGACAAUCUUCAAGUACAAGUAGUAUUCAUGCAUAAGGAAUCUAUUUUACUUCAGUGCUUCUUCUGUCACUUAAAAUAAUAUUGUGGUUUUAUUUUCAUGGGAAAUGCAUUAAAGUUUGAUAUAGGUGGUAAGUCGAUCAAGCUUAAAAAUACCUAGGUUUGGCGGUAUGAUCGAUGAAUUGAUUUCUUGCUUGCUAAGAGGUAUGAUGGUUUGUCAAUUCUAUGCAGCUCUUCAAUUAUGUAUUUUAGCUACAGUUCCUUUGUAUUGCUGUUGUUGUACGUGCUUUUAUUUUAGUUAUUUAUUUAUUUA